GCGACUGCGCUCCGUUGUGCUUAAAAUACUUAUCUAUUUUGCAAUUAAAAUACUUGUGCAACGAACUGUGAGAGUGUAGACCAAAUUCCGUGGUUAAUAUUGUGACUUUAUACAAAUCACGUGAACUCAACGACGCAUAUUUCAAGUUGCAAUUUGCACCAUGGCACCGAUUGCAACUUACGUGUUUUUAGAUCUUGGAACGACCGGCCUACGUAGUACAGAUCCUAAUAUAACAGAGUUACAUAUGAUAGCGUUCAGAUGUGAAGAUCUUCGACAAUAUUUUCGGGAUGGAGGCGAAGAACAUGAUGCGAAACUUCGAGAUUAUGAAACACUCCACUGCCGACUUGAAAAUCAUGUGAUGUGGCAUAUAAGUGAUAUAAGCGAAGAAGGGGAAGACUACGACUUGUACAAGAAAUGUAGCCUGAAGGAUAAGACGGUCACUUUUCUUGAAGAUUUGGAAAAACCCGUAUGUCUGAUUGCUCACAGCGGAAAUAGAUUCGAUUUUCCUUUAUUGAAAGAUGAACUAGCUGAUGCUGAAGGGUUUUCACCGAAAGAUAUUGUUUGUGCUGAUACAAUGGCCGCUUUCUAUGAUAUUUUCGAACCAGAUUCUAAAAAGACUUCUUAUAAAGAAAGAAGAAGAGGAUCUUUUCCAUGGCCUGAUUAUCAUUUUGAUAAAAUGAGUUAUCGCUUGGAAGAUGUGUAUAAAAGAAUGUUUGGAGUUAAACCUAUGCUAGAAGAUGCUAAGGAUCGCAACAAGGCACUGGUGAAGAUUGCUUUGGAUCAAGGCUUUGAGUUUAUGCUCUGGGUGGCUGAAAACAACAUGCCAUUUACUUCUUUUUUUAAAUUGUAAUUUAACACGAAUAAUGCCAUGUAAUGAAGGGAAUAAUCUAUAUGGGCGAAUGAACUUUUGCACUGACACUUUUCACGUCGUUGACGUUACGAACAUGUCUCUGGAGUUACCAAGAAAUCACAUUGAUGGAGCAUAUUAUCGCUAUUGAUUUAACGCAUAACGCAUUAUAUAACGCAUAUAAAAGUAAUAUACCUAUAAGAUAAAUUUAGGAAAAGUUUUUAAACGAUAUGUAAAUCAUGGACAGAAUCUAAUGUCGGUCUAAAAGUUGAUUGGCCCAUCUAUCUUUACUUGUACAUGCUUGUACUAAGUUUGGUCGUACCUUAUUCUAAAUUUUUUUUUUUGCUCAAGUCUAUCCUAAAAGGUAAUGAAAGUGAAUUUCAUAUGCUUAUUUUCUAAUUAUAGUUUGCUUACCUAACAAGAGUUAUAUUGAGAUUUGAAAUUGUGCCAGUUUACCGUAAAAAUCUAAACAAAUGAUUUGUUGAAUGUAUUCGCAAUGUUUGCAUUGGUUUUCAAAUAAAAUGGCGUAUAAAGGUUCUCUGGUUGAGAUCGCUCAUUAGCAAUAAAUCCGUCUGAAUAUCAUGAGGGUCGUUUCAUGU